CCGCGGGCUGUACCGGCAAGGUUGUCCGGAGCCGCGAUGGCGGACCUGGCCGAGGGUUAGCUCGGGCCGCCCCUGCGCCCGCCCGCUCACUCUCCGGACGGUCUUGAGGCUCAGGGCGGAGAGGACAUGGAGGCGCCUCGGAGGCCUCGCUGCGGGGCGCUGGGCCUGCCUGCCCGCGUGCUUGCCGCCGGAGCUGCGGCCGCAGACUCGGAUUCCCGCGUGCUGGCGGAGACGUGUCAGCUGGCCCACGGCGUGCCGGGGCCGCGCUACGCGGAGACCGGCUGGGGCCGCCUCCGGGAGCUGUUUGCCAAAGAUGAGCAUCAGAGGAUUUCACAGGAACUUGACAAUAUCUACAGAGCAGCACUUUCAGCAGGCAUCAUUGGCUGGGCAUAUGGAGGAAUACCAGCUUUUAUUUAUGCCAAAAAACGCUAUAUUGAACAGAGCCAAGGAGAAAUUUAUCACAACCGAUUUGACGCUGUGCAAAGCGCACAUCGUGCUGCCACGCGAGGUUUCAUUCGGUACGGCUGGCGCUGGAGUUGGAGAACUGCGAUGUUUGUGACUGUGUUCAACACAGUGACCACAGGACUCAGUGUGUACCAAAAUAAAAAUGCUCUGAAUCAUUUUGUCAUUGCAGGAGCUGUCACAGGAAGUCUUUUCAGAAUAAAUUUAGGCACGCGAGGUCUGGUGGCUGGUGGUAUAAUUGGAGCCUUGUUGGGCACGCCAGUUGGAAUCCUGCUCAUGUCACUCCAGAAAUAUGCUGGCAAGACCAUCCAGGAGAAAAAAGAGGAGGACUGGAAGACCCUCCAUGAACUGAAACUGAAAGAGUGGAAAACCAGUCUGCAAAUUACUGAACUCCUCCCUGAGGAAAUUGAAAGUAGCUUACAGGAAAAUGGAGCUGAGGAAGAUGCUAAGAAAAUUGAUGCCUUGCUAAGCCUUCCUAGGAACCCUACAUCAGCAGAUAAACAAGAUAAGGACUGAGAAGAUUGUCGACUUGAAUGAAACUCGUUGGCUUGCUGAAGAACUACGUGGCCAUGCACAUGAAUGCCCAUGCCAGGUUGUACAGUGGUCAGCCUGCUGACAAACACGCACUGAUGCCUCUGGUGGCAGUUGAAUGGCUCUUUAAAAAAAAUCAAGAUUGGGGCUGGGAAGGUGGCUCAGUGGUAGAGCACUUGCCUUGCAUGCGUGA